ACAUCCGAAACGAUCACUUCUCUUAAUCAAUUCGAAAAUUCAAAUAAUAAAGUUUUUAGUUGUAGUUUUGUAUUAGAAGGAAAAACAAAGUUGAAGAUGCCAAUUGUUCAGACUGUGCUUGGUGCCAUUGACCCCAACCUAUUAGGGCGUACGCUCACCCACGAGCAUCUUGCAUUGGAUUUUGAAGGUUUCUACUGCGAACCACCAGAGGACUUCAAAUCGUAUUUGAAGCAGAAAAUCAGUCUGGAAACUCUGGGCUACGUACGUCAAUAUCCCUACUCAUCGCACGAAAAUGUCCAUUUCUACGACGAAGAUGCGCGCGAAGCGACAAAGAAAGACGUUUUUUUGUAUAAGAAAUUCGGUGGUGGGUCGAUAGUUGAUAACAGUUCACAUGGACUGAAACGUAAUUUGGAACAUUUGGUCGAUGUGGCAAAGAGCACGGGCGUACAUAUCAUAGCUGGUACUGGCCAUUAUGUGCAUAAUUUGCAGGAGAAGGACCAUUUGAAUAUGUCCGUUGAGCAAAUGACCGACUUGUAUUCUAGGGAAAUCAUCACUGGUGUUGAGGUGGAGGGCUUGGGUAUGGUGAAAUGUGGUUACAUUGGUGAAGUGGGUAGUGUUUAUCCAUUGCAUGACUUUGAAAAGCACGCCAUACGCGCAACUGGCGAAAUACAAGAAGUACUCGGUUGUGGUGUUUCAUUUCAUCCCGGUCGUGAUGCAGCGGCGCCAUUCGAAAUAAUGCGUCUGUAUUUGGAAGCGGGUGGACGCGCUGAUAAGGCUAUUAUGUCGCAUGUGGAUCGCACUCUCUUAGACAUCGACCAAGUACUCGAGUUUGCCAAAUUGGGCAGCUAUAUUCAAUAUGACCUCUUCGGUACCGAGUCUUCAUUCUAUCAACUGAACCCUGCCGUUGAUAUGCCAUCAGACGGCCAGCGCAUUUCGUAUGUAUUGAGGUUACUCGAGGAAGGUUUGGUGAAUAGAAUUUUACUAUCCCACGACAUACACACCAAACAUCGAUUGACCACCUAUGGCGGCCAUGGCUAUCAUCACGUCUACAUGAAUAUCUUACCCCGCUUAUUCGCCAAAGGAGUCUCCAUUGAGGAUGUGGAGCAGAUAACUGUUACAAACCCCGCCAACUGGUUGCAAUUUAAUAUCUAAUUUAUUUUCUGUGCCACUGAAAUUGCAAAGUAUUUUAUGUUUUAAUUAUUGUUUUCUAUUUUAAACUGUUUUGCCAGAGAAUGUUUUACUUAUUAUCAUAAUUCUUUAUUAAAGUGCUUAAAAUAUGUU